AUGUCUCGAGUGGCCGGAAUCCCAUCGGUUCAUUGCGGCAGCAGCAACCCCACCCCCCGUCGCGACGGCGCUGGCAUUUCCACCGCCUCCAGCCGCGCGGAAGACCUCCCCGCAGCAACCACCAAGUCCGGCCGCUCGGCCAGGGCUCGCAAGGAUGCUACUGACGAGGACAACGGCAGCGCUGUUGAGAAAGCUGACCCCAUUCGCCGACGCACCCGCGCGAGCAGCAGCAGUGGAGCAAAGGACAAGAAGAGCAAGACGGCUAAAGGUACCGGAGACGCGGAGGAGCAGGCAGACGCAGCGGCUGGGGGGGUAUCCGGGGGGGAGAGGAGGCGGAAGAGCAAGGCGGCGAUGAGCGAGAAUGAGAUUCGGCUGGCGCAGCUGCGGCAGGAGCUGCAGGCGGCGCUGGAGGAGCGCCAACGCCUCGCCGCGUUGCUGCAGGGGAAGGCGGAACCUGAGGAGACGGCAGCUGCGCAGACCGUGCGCACGCCUGUGGACGCGGGGGAGGCGGCGGCAGCAGCAGCGGUGCGGAAGGCGUCCGCGGAAAGGGCGCGGGAAGAGUCCUUGGCGCUGAAAAAGGAGCGAGAGGCGUUGAGAGCGGUGCAGGCGGCGGAGAAGGCGGAAGAGGAAGCUGCACAGGCGCGCGAGCGGGAAGAGGCCGCGGCGGGGAUGCGCGAAGUCGCAGCGGCACGCGCGCGUGCUGAUGCGGAGGCGAAGGCGGCGGAAGAAGCAGCGGCGAUGGCGAGUCGCGAAGCGGCCGCACGGGCAAGGGAGGUAGCAGAGGCGCGCGCGAGGGCGGAAGCUCUAGCGAGGGAGCGCGCGGAGGCGGAGGCGAAGGCGCGGGCGGAAGCAGCGAAAAUGGUGGAGCUGCCGCGGCAAGAGCAGCUGCGGAAGCUGCAGCAGGAGCACGAGUUCAUCGCCGCAAAAAUGUUCUUCUACCCCGGGCAGGUGGAGCCGGGCAAGCCCGUCGAAAUCUUUUUCCACCGCCCGGCAAGCGUGCUGAAGGAUAAGUCGGGCGUGAACGUGGUGGGCGCGUUCAACAACUGGCAGUGGCAGCCGUUCAAGGCGGAACUGAAGCCGUCCGCCGAGGUGCCCAACGACUGGUGGACGUGCCGCAUCGAGGUUCCCGAGGAGGCGUAUCAGGUGGACUUUGUAUUCCACAGCACGGACAACGUGUACGAGAACAACGGCGGGCAGGACUUUUACAUCGCCGUGACUGGCGGCAUGGGCGAGGAAGAGUUUGAGACGAUGCUUAAUGAGCGCAAGAGGGAGGAGGCGGAGCGGGAGGCCGCGGAGGAGGCGGAGCGGGAGCGGCGCGCGGCGGAGGAGCGCAGGGUGGCGAAGCUGAAGGCGCAGCAGGAGGCGGAGCGGAAGCAGGCGCGCGACAUGGCGAACGACGCGCGGAACCGGCUGGGGGAGAUGCGGCGCACGUGUGGCACGAGCCUUCAGGGCGUGUGGCGCGUGGAGGAGGUGGGGCGCACGGAGGGGGGCGAGCGCGUUGUGCGGCUGCUGUAUAACAGGGCGGGGCGACCGCUGGCGCGGAGUGGCGCGGUGUGGGUGCACGGGGGGGUGAACGGGUGGCAGGACGGGCUGUCCGCGACGGGCGAGCUGAAAGCAGAUAACCAGGAGAACGGCGACUGGUGGUCCGUGGAGUGUGAGUGCUUCAUAACUCCCCCCUUCACCUGCAAUGUAGCCCGCUCCCUCAGACAGCGAUGCCUCCCAUCCUAUUCACACCCUCCCCCCUCCCCCUCCCCUUCGUCUUCCUCCUACUUCCCUUCCCUCAUCCCCCAGGCCCCCGUUCCGUCCCGUCUCCCGUGCAUCUCUCCCCUCUUUCGCCCAAUCCUAUCUCCAUGCCCCCCUCACUCUCCCCGUAUUCUCCCACCCAUCCCGCGUUCCCCCCUCCCCCCAGUGACGCUGCCGGCAGACGCGGUGGUGCUGAACUGGGUGAUGGCGGACGGGGCGGUGGGCAAGGCGGGCGCGUACGACAACAACGGGCGCAAGGACUUCGCGGCCAGCGUGGGCAGCGACGAGGACGCGCGCAGGCUGUUUGACGAGCUGGAGGAGCGCCUGCUGGUCAAGCUGGAGACGGAGCGCAUUGCUCGUGAGGAGCGCGAGGCCAAGGAGGAGGUGAGGCGGCAGGAGGCGAAGCGGGCAAUGAAGCGGCGCACCAUGGAGACGUUCCUGCAGUCACAAGCCCACGUGUUCUUCACGGAGCCCGCUGAGCCGCGCGCCGGGGAGACGGUGCGCGUGUUCUACAACCCCCAGAACACCGUGCUGCACGGCCGCCACGACGUGUGGAUGCGCGGGUCCUUCAACCGCUGGACGCACCGCACCGGGUGCUUCCUCCCCGUGCACAUGCGCCCCGCCUCCAAUGGCACGCACCUCGUUGGCGAGGUGACGGUGCCCCACGACGCGUUCAUAAUGGAUCUGGUGUUCAUGGACAGCAGCGACCCCAACGUGGCGGCAUAUGACAGCAGGGGCGGGCUGGACUACCACGUGCCCAUAGUGGGCAGCACCACCAAGGAGCCGCCUCUCUACAUCGUGCACGUUGCGCUUGAGAUGGCGCCCAUCGCCAAGGUGGGGGGUCUGGGCGACGUGGUGACGUCCUUGUCGCGAGCCAUCCUGGAGCUGGGGCACAAGUCGGAGGUCAUUCUGCCCAAAUACGACGUCCUCAAAUACGACUGCAUCCAGGACCUGCAGGACCGGGGGUCGUUUGCAUGGGGCGGCACCAACUGGCGCAUGUGGUUUGGCUACGUGGAGGGCAUUGGCGUGCACUUCCUUGAACCCGAGAGCGGCAUAUUCUGGGUGAACUGCAUCUAUGGCCGCAAGGACGACGGGGACCGCUUCGGCAUCUUCUGCAACGCCGCGCUCGAGAUGCUCGUGCAGACCGGCAGGCAGCCGGACAUUCUGCACUGCCACGACUGGUCGUCGGCGCCAGUGGCAUGGCUGCAUGCGGAGAGCUACAAGCAGUACGGGCUGGGCAAUGCGCGCACGGUGUUCACCAUCCACAACCUCGAGUUCGGCCAGGCUCUCAUUGGCCGCGCCAUGGCCGCCUGCAACAUGGCCACCACCGUGUCACCCACAUACGCGUGGGAGAUCGGGGGCCACGGGGCGGUGGCAGCGCACAGGGGCAAGUUCCACGGCAUCCUCAACGGCAUCGACCCGGACAUCUGGGACCCCAUGACCGACCGCUUCCUCCCGAUGCGGUACUCAUCGGAGGAGGUGGUGGAGGGCAAGCGAGCGGCCAGGGACGAGCUGCGGAGGCGGCUGAACCUGCGGUUUGACGACCGCCCCGUGGUGGGCAUCGUGACGCGGCUCACGGCACAGAAGGGCAUCCACCUCAUCAAACACGCCAUCUGGCGCACCCUCGACCGCGGUGGACAGGUGGUGCUGCUGGGGUCGGCACCGGACCCGCGAGUGCAGAGCGAGUUUGAGCACCUGGCGGGGCAGCUGAACAACUCGCACAACAACAUGCAGCGCCUCUGCCUCAACUACGACGAGCCCCUCAGCCACCUGAUCUAUGCAGGGUGCGAUAUGAUUCUGGUGCCAUCCAUCUUUGAGCCCUGUGGCCUCACGCAGCUCAUCGCCAUGCGCUACGGUGCCGUGCCAGUCGUGCGCAAGACAGGAGGGUUGAACGACACGGUGUUUGACGUGGACAACGACCACGACAGGGCCAGGGCGCAGGGCAAGGACGUCAACGGCUUCUCCUUCGAGGGCGCCGAUGCCGCCGGCCUCGACUAUGCCCUCGACAGAGCCAUAUCUGGGUGGUAUGACGGGCGCGAGUGGUGGAAUGGGUUGGCCAAGCGGGUCAUGGAGCAGGACUGGACUUGGAACAGACCGGCGCUCGACUAUCUCGAGCUCUACUAUGGCGCUAGGAAAUGA